UCAUCUUUAUUCAGUUCAUAUCUCCGUUGAAACUUGUGAAAACAAUCAACCCAAAACAAAACUAAAAUGAAAUUCUCAAUUGCUUUAGUUGCCCUCUUCUGUGUCGCAGCCAUCAGCGCUGCCCCAACCCAGGGACCAAAACCAUUUGUUGAAGCCUUAGCCAACCUUACUAAAGGUGUUAUUAGUCAAUUUGAAAAGCUAAUUCCUAAUUGGAAUCCAAAGGCCGCAAUCGAGGAUAAUUUAUUGCCUCAUCUUAGCGAAAAAAUAGCGCUUGAUUUUAUUCCUGGAUGGAAUCCUAAAGCCAAUAUAUCAGAUAACGUAUUGAAUGCUGUUAUGAAUCUCACCAAAACUCUCGAAACCAAAGGUUUAGAUGAUAAUAAAUCCGUUGCUGAAAAUGUUAAGAUCAUUGUUGCUGAAGUCUUCGAGAAAAUGCCCUUUUUCUCGUUCGUACCAAAAGAGCCAAUUGAACAACUGCUCACCAACAAUGCUCUUGAAUCAUUCUCAAGAUUCUUGCUUAAAAAAGCUGAAGCAAACAAGACUGAGGAUGUUAAAGGUUUCAACCCAAACGUUAAAUUUGGAGACUUGCAUCAGAGUGACUACAUCGACUAUGGAAUGAUUCCUGGUUUCAACACUAACAAGACUCUUGCGGAAAAUGCUGCUGCAUUACUCGAGGACCUCUUCAGAAACUCGCCAUUCUAAAUUACUGGUGUACAAUCCGAUACAAUUAUCUUAAGUUUCUGAGCUCUUGAUUCAUACUUAAUUUUCAGUUUGAUUCAAGUUUCUUGUUGCUAAUAAUGAAUAUAUUAAAGUUGCAUUAACAUAAUUUCA